ACAACAACAUUCGAAGUGGUAAAAUUGCAUUGAACAAUUGAAUAAGUGAAUCUUAGCCAAGUCGACCAUGUUGCAACUGAAAACUACACUGCUGUGCUGCGGAUUGCUGGCAGUCCUAGUUGGCCACUGCCAGGUGGCGGCUAAAAAGAACGAGACCCUGGUGGAUCCCGAUUGCCCACCGGAUGACGAUCGCGAUGGCAAUGACGAGCUGUGCAAGGACUUUCAGAUACUACGUGAUCUCAUCGAUUUCGAAGUGCUCGCUGAGUUGAUUCAAUCCCACUAUCAAUGCGACGCCAAGUUCCGCAAGGCUGUGUGCUAUUACAAGACGUCACGUUUUAACCUGGUUAUCGAGCAACUGCAGAGGAGCGAAGCCUACCAUGAAUUGCUCGAGGUACUGCGCAACGCGGGAAUUAACACCACGGACAUUGACAACAUUGCUGACAUCUUUGAGUGCAUUGAGGUGCCAAUCAUGCCGAUCGACAAGAAGUACAACUGCAAGGAACUGCGUGGACACACCUUCAUAGGCGAUGUCCUGGCUGCCAUGCCUCAUCAGGCAAUACGCGAAUAUUCGUACAGUUCCCGCGUUAACAAUACCAACUUUGCCCUCUUUAGACAAACUGUAACCUCAGCCGAGUUCCAGGCCGCACUGCGCUCCAAUCUGUUGAAACGCGACGCAGUUCGUGCCCUGAAUGUCCUUCGUCGCAACGGCUGGGAUUUGCCGGAGCUGCUCCGUGGCGCCAUGUCCAUUCUGUCCUGGUGACAAGCAAAAUAGUGGCCUCUAAAUGACUUACAUCCACAUGUAUACAAAAUAUAUCAGAAUGUCUAUUAAAAUUGCCAAUUGGUCUAUUGUCGUGAUGUA